AUGAAUAGGAAUAGUGUUAUUCAUAAUACUUUAUCUAAAACUAUUUCUACUUUAAAUUUUUAUCCAACUAAUAGUAAAGAAGAAAUAGAUUGUGAAUUAUAUUGUGAAGAUAUGUCAAGUCCAAGUUUUAAAGAAAGUGAUGUAUCUAUUCCCUCUAGUCCAGAUAGCAUUUCUAAUGAUCGAUCAUUAAAAAAACGUGGAAGACCACGUAAAAAUGAUGAACAAGAAGAAGAAGUUAUAAUGACUCAAGUUUUGAGGAAAAGGAAAUAUGCUAGAAAUUAUCGUGAAACACAACGAAAAAGACUAGAACAAUAUGAACAUCUUCUUAAAGAACAUGAACGUCUUCAUAAAGAAAAUGAAAUUCUCAGGAAUCAAUUAAAAGAAUAUACAGAAAGGGAAAAAUUGUUAGAAAUUCAAAAGCAAUCACAAAUAAAUAUUAAUUCACUACCUAAUAACAUAACAGAUUUAUCUUCUGCUGCUUUAAUUCAUCAAUUUUUGUAUAAUCGACAAUUAAAUAUACCAGUAUCAUUUUCAAUGACAUAA